AUGCCUACGGCGACUACUGCUUCUGGCAGCUGCAAGCUCUUCCAUUGCUUCAGCCAAAAGGACAGCCUUGGCUUCAAUCUCAGAUCUAAGACCAAAAACUAUGUUCUGAUGAACCAUAUCAGCUUGAGACAACCGAAUGUUGACAUAAUCCUCAAGGAGGUCAUCCCAGAUCCAAAGAGCACAACCAUUGUCCUGAAAAAAGCAUCAUCAAAAACCAAAAAAUAG